UUUCAUCUUGCAACACAAGUAGAUGAAGUGAGGAUACACGAAGAUUAAUAGGAAAUCCGUCGCAGAUAUUUUCCAAGAAAAUUGACUAAUACAAUUUUAUCUUUAAUAUAUUCAUAUUAUUCUAAACAAUAUCCAUAAUGUUGGCAAAUAUAAUUAGUUUUACGUCAAUUCAUCUAUUGCUUUUUCUGGCAACAACCCAUGCCAUUACCUCGAACUUGAUUCCACCGCCUAAAAUAUACGGUAAUAAAAUACCAGUAAAGGAUGUGAAUACAAGUUACAGCAGGAUAAGGCGACUAAUUGUAAAUGCUCAUAAUUUCUAUCGAUCGAUAGUAAAUCCACCCGCUAGUAAUAUGUUAAAUAUGUAUUGGCACCAUACAGCUGCCAGAAGCGCUCAGAGUUGGGCGGAAUCUUGUAGGGAUCUUACACACAGCAGUAGAUGGGAACGUUGGGUUAAAAAUUAUGGAUUCUGUGGUCAAAACAUUUUUAUAUCUACCGCCAGAGUUUCGUGGUUAUACCCAAUUAAAAGUUGGAACGCAGAAAAACAAUUAUUCCAUUAUGGAAGAAGAGAUAAUAAUAUAAACGAAGUCGGGCAUUACACGCAGAUGGUUUGGUACAAUACUCAUGUUGUGGGAUGCGGUUAUCAUUAUUGUGGCCCCGAUCGUGUCAGAAUACCUUAUCAUAAUUACGUAUGCAACUAUUGUCCUAUAGGCAAUUAUCCCGAUAAACUUGGAACUCCUUACGAAAGUGGUCAACCGUGUUCCAAAUGCCCGGAUCGUUGCAAACGAAAGAAACUGUGCACAAACGCUUGUUAUUACGGUGAUUCUUGGAGCAAUUGCGCCGAGUUAAAUGUUACUUCACCCGACUGGUUGUGUACUGAUCGCAAACAGCAACGUUAUCACAUGUGUUUAGCUACGUGUCGUUGCACUGCCGAUAGAAUUUUCUGAGAAAAUAUACUAAAUUUUUACUAUUUUAUUCACGUUUAUUUAUCUAUAUUAAUUAAUUACAUUUACAUUUUUGUAAAUCAAUUUUUAUAAAGAAAUGUAUUCGCCAGAAUCCUGGUCAGUGAUUGUAAUUAUAUUCUUUAAUUAAUUAAUGGUCAUUUAUUGUAAUUAAUUACAUUUAGAAACAUCAUUUGUAAAAGCACGCGAUGUUUCUAAACUUAAUUAAAUAGAUAUUUUUCAUUAUUUAGUAAUUUAAAUAUCAUAAAAUCGGCACGUUUCUACGUAAAAAAA